ACACGCCUCCCCUCAGGCCCAGGAGGGUCACCUCCCACAUAAGGACGGGCGGACGGGUUUCUCUGCCGUCUCCCGUCACAGAGGAGAGCUCCCAGCGGCCGGGAACCGGUGCUGUCAGACCGCCACACUCAGCUGCAGACAGGCGGGGACAGUCCAAAGGAUCUGGCGCAAACCGCCGUCAGGACAACCAGCCCGACCCGUUUAUAUGAGGCGGCAACAUGUAGGAAAACGCUGGACAUUUCAGCACCGCGAUCAGACCGGACACAUUUGAUGCUCAUGUUUUUGGACAUUUUUCUGGAGGAGAACGAGGCAACUUUUAACGGGCAUUUCAGUUUCGCAAGUUGGAAGUGAACUUUACCUGAAGUUGCUGUUAAGAUGGAGAGCUGCGCUCCUUGAGCCGAGCAGACGAGAUGGGGAAAUGGGAGCUGACCAUGAAUCCAGUGCAGGAGUGGGGUGAGGAGAAGGAGGAUGGCGCCGUGUACGGGGUCACGUUGCGGCGGGAACCGGUCCCCUGCUCAUCCGCGCCUGGCGACGUGACCCCCUGCUCCGGUUUCGUCCAGUACCGCACGUGCAAGGUGCGGCGUCUGAAGGCUGCCACCCUGGACCUGCUCAUACGGCACCUGCUGGACAGCGGCAGCCAGGAGCCAGACUACAGCAGGAUCUUCCUCUCCACGUACCGGACCUUCGCCAGCACCACGACGCUGAUAGAGCUGCUCUUCCAGAGAGACAGCGCCUCUUCAGACCUGGACAGCGCUGAUUACUACAAAAGCCCUCUGUUGACCUUUGUGCAGACAUGGUUGGACGAGUACAGCGAGGACCUCAGGGACCCUCCGCUGCACCCGGCCCUCCGCCUGCUGCUGGAUCACCUGAGGAUCAGCUCCGCCGUGCAUGGCGGCAUGCACAGCCAGCCAAACUUCUGCUCCCUGGCGGGACAAGCCGACGAGCUGCUCAAAAGGUUCCAGAAAGAAGAAGGAGCGUCGGCCAGUGCUUGUUCUGUUGCUGCUGGUCCUGAGCACGGUGAGGAGGAGUCGGCUAGUGAGGACUCAGGAUGCGAAAGCCCUCUGGACCAGGGCGGCAUCAUGGAUUUCUCUGCCACGGCCGUUGCGGAGCAGCUCACUCGAAUGGACUCCGCCCUGUUUGUCAAAGUGGUGCCCUACCAGUGUCUGGGCUGCGUGUGGUCCCAGAGAGACAAGAAGGAAAACAUGUCCCCCACCAUCCGGGCCACCAUCGCGCAGUUCAACGCUGUGACCAACAGGGUGAUCGUGUCGCUGCUCUCCCAGCCUCCCGCAGAACCCGUGUCCGGCUCCUCCUGGACCCCUCCUGGGAAUCCGGCCCAGAGGGCCCGCAUCAUUGAGAAGUGGAUCAAAGUGGCCAAGGAAUGUCGUCGCUUGAAGAACUUCUCCUCCCUCAAGGCGAUCCUUUCCGCUCUGCACUCCAAUGCCGUUUACAGACUGAGGAAGACCUGGGCAGCUGUUAGCAGAGACAGCAUGGCUGCGUUCGAUAAUCUCUGUGAGACCUUCCCUGAUGAGAACUGUGUUCUAGCCUACAGAGUGGAGGAUGGAGGCCAAGCAAAUGGGGAUAAUGUUUCUCCAAAGUUAAACAAGAAGUGUCAUCUCCCCAGGCAGAUGAGUAUCUCCAGUGGAGUCGUUCCUUACCUGGGCACCUACCUGACCGUCCUCACCAUGUUGGACACGGCUCUGCCGGACACCACAGAGGGUGGACUUAUAAACUUUGAGAAGAGGAGGAGGGAGUUUGACGUCCUGUCCCAGAUCCGUUUGCUGCAGGCGUCCUGUUCCCAGUACAACCUCCCCGAUCAUCCCAACAUCGCUGCUUGGCUGCACGGAGACAAGCUGCUCACGGAUCAGGAGAGCUACGAAAUGUCCAGGGAGCUCGAGCCUCCGGUCGACGCUUGCUCCCCGCCGUUCUGGAGCAACCGCUCUCUCAAGAAACUCUCCUUAUUCCGGUCAGCCAGCGAGAACUCUAAGAAACUCCCCGCUGACCAGAUCAGCCUUUUGUCUUCUGGAUCCAGUGGAUCUGAGAUGGAAGAUCUUUCUUCCCCGAACUCAUCUUGUUCCAUCCAACUACAGUCCUUUCACAGCUCUUACAACAACGUAUCCGAGGCCUUCUGUUCCUCGUCGUCCUCCCCCUGCCCCUUGGCCGCCUCCUCUUCAGAGUCUCCCUCUCCCUCUGGUUCCUCCUCCGACUGCAGCGCGGACCUCGGCUCGGCGGAGUUGGCCGGCGCCGGCGUUCACCUGGCCUCCCAUCACAAGCGCUCCAUCUCCAUGACGUCCCUGCCCAUGUAUAACCGCCAGGGCUCCGACUCCUGCAUCAUCAGGGUCAGCGUGGACCUGGGCCACGACAACGGCAACAUGUACAAAAGCAUCCUGCUGACCAGCCAGGACAAAACUGCUCAGGUGAUUCAGAGGGCUUUGGAGAAGCAUCACCUGGAGAACAUGAACCCGCAGGACUUCACCCUGUCGCAGAUCAUCUCGCAGCAGAGAGAGCUGCUUGUACCGGACAAAGCCAACGUCUUCUAUGCUAUGUCCACAACAGCGAAUUUUGACUUCGUCCUGCGCAAGUACCACAAGCACCAGAAGAAACCGCUGAGGCCAACCGCCAGCCUCGGUCGGUACACAAAGUGAGGACUCUGUCCUGCAAGAGGUCCAGAGCCGACGGCAUAUUCCCGCAAAAUGGGCUUUGACUCAUAAAGGUGCACCGUGCUCUACGGGUCGUCUGUUUGUACCAAAAGGGAUGAAAACAGGAUGCGCUGAAGGAAGCAAAAAAAAAAGAGAUUUAGACAAAAGCACUUUAAUGACGGAACCUAAAACUCUCUCGUCAAACUGCUUCCUGUUGGAACACGCGGCUGAAGGGCCACGGAGGUUUGUUGUGAACGCUGAUUUAGUGUCACUGCCACUUCUCAUGAAAGCAUGUAGGAACACACCCUUCUUCCAGCAGCACGUGUCAUAUUUUGGCACCAACGUAAAGAAGGGAUCGAGCAUUUCCCAACCGCGCCGGGCGCUGUUGAUCAGCUGAGUGCCAUCUGAAGGCAUCAGGACUUAAACCGAGGAUGGGUUGAGAAGCGUCGCUGGGUAGGAGCCAUCUGAGAGGCGGGUGAGAAGGAUGUUCCCCCAGGGACCACCGAGCACCCAGGAUCUUCCAGAGACGCUCCCUUGGCACUGAUGUGAUGGUUGCCGUGAGCGGCUGGCAGCCCCGACCGGAAGGAUGGCAUUCCUGUGCGUGGCUCGUGACGGCGGCAGCAACGCGUUGACGUUCCGGAGCUGAUGUGCUAGAUCUGUGCACCAGAAUGGAAAACAAAAAGGUUCCUUAUCUGUGUUUUUUUUUUUUUUUUUUUUGUGUCCGUUUGUCUUUAGAUUUUUACGACUCGAGAUUUUUAUAAUUGUAUUUAUUUUGUUCUGAUUCACUUUAACUGCACCUUUUGUUCAAUGAACACAUCUCGAUGACUCGCCACUUAACUUAUCUCUCAAAUGGAAGAAAAAUGCUUGAGAAAAAUCCUAACGCACUGUUUAAAAUGUUCCCGUUAAUGCUGUUGUUACUUUAGAAAUGUCUUGUUUUUUUUCUGAUAAACGCUAAGAAUGUUUAAAAAGUUGACGCUGUGUUUUUAAAAAAAAUGUGCUGAACAAAAAUGAUCCACGAAACCUGGAUGGAAAUUGUGCGAAAACGUUUAGCCACUGAUUAUCUUGAUAAAAUCUUUCAGAAAGUCGCCCCAGUCGUUGGGAACUUUUAGUUUUAGAAAGAAGCAGCAAGGAAGAACUACAGACUGUAAACCAACUUUGUUAAAUCACGAGUUUCUUUUCUUAGGGAGUCUGGAAGUGGAGAUGUUUACCCGAGGGAAGAAACGGCCUUUAUGGGAUGAGAAUGAACUUGUUUUCUCUCUGACAUCCUCUUCCCACAGAAGCUGCUUCUAGAAAACAGUCUUCUCUGUAACGUGAUUCUCCACAUGACACCUGAAGCCAUGCGGCUUUUUUUUCUUUCUCUCCUGUAAAACCUGUGGUCUUGUUGUGCUUUUCAUUACUGAAGAUGUUUCAGAUGUAAAAUGACGGCAGAAACAAACUGUUUUUAGAUUCAUUUGAUCUUCAUUACCAGGAUGUAUUAAAACCUCUAAUAAUUCUAAUAAUAAAAAAACAUUUUUUCCAGC